UCCCUUUCCUCCAGCCCGGCCCAUCUCGUUGGCGCCGGUGGGUCCCUCUCUCCGCUCCCCGGCCCGGCCCGUCUCGUUGACGGCGGAAGAUGGCGGAGGAGACCCCGGUCUGCAGCUUCCUGUUCAAGAAGCGGGGCCCGGCGGCCGGCAGGGGGCGGCGCAAACGCCCGGGCAGCGACCAGGAGCAGGGCAGCAGCAGCGAUGAGGGGAGCACGGUGGUCAGGAAGGAGAGGCGGCGGGAAGCGCACAACCCCAUGAUCCAGAAGACCAGGAAAAGUGGUAAAGAGAAGACCUCGUAUGGGGCAAGCAGCAGUGAUGAUGAGGGGAAGUCGCAAGGAAUCGGGGUCGCUUACAAAUCAACGAGAUCGGCGAAACCUGUAGGUCCGGAGGACAUGGGAGCGACGGCUGUGUAUGAGCUGGACACCGAGAAGGAGAGAGAUGCCCAGGCCAUCUUUGAGCGCAGCCAGAAAAUCCAGGAGGAGCUACGAGGGAAGGAGGACGAUAAAAUUUACCGGGGCAUCAAUAACUAUCAGAAGUACGUGAAGCCCAAAGAUACGUCGAUGGGGAACGCCUCCUCGGGAAUGGUCAGGAAAGGCCCGAUCCGAGCGCCGGAGCACCUGAGGGCCACCGUGCGGUGGGACUAUCAGCCCGACAUCUGUAAAGACUACAAGGAAACGGGCUUCUGUGGCUUUGGAGACAGCUGUAAGUUCCUCCACGACCGCUCCGACUAUAAACACGGCUGGCAGAUUGAACGGGAACUGGACGAAGGACGCUACGGAGUCAACGAUGAGGAAAACUAUGAGGUGAGCAGCGAUGACGAGGACCUGCCCUUCAAGUGUUUCAUCUGCAGAAGCUCCUUCAAGAACCCCGUGGUUACCAAGUGCAGACACUACUUCUGCGAGGGCUGCGCCCUGGAGCACUACCGCAAAUCCAAGCGCUGCUACGUGUGUGACCAGCAAACCAAUGGUGUCUUCAACCCAGCCAAAGAGCUAAUGGCAAAGCUAGAAAAGCACAAGGGUGAGGAGUCGGAUCCCUCGGAGCAUGGAGAUGAGCCACAGUAGCACAACUCUCUCCCCUGUUCUCCCUCCCACCCCCACCCCCACCCCUCAGGUUUUGUAAUAGCCCAAUAAAAGUUUAUAGAAAAGACCUGUCCACGUUGGAUUUUGCUCCGAGGAAAUGGUCACAGGCAGACCAAGACGAUUCACGGAUUAAGGCCAGAAGGGACCAUCGCGAUCAUCUUGUGUGACGACCUGCAUAACAGGCCAAGUCAGGCUGGUCAAGGAGGAGAGGGACCCUUCAGCAUCUGCACAGAGCUAAGGAAAUACAAGGAACGCUUCAGAAAUACUUACAUUUUUAUUUGUUUUGGCAACAAAACUAGAGUAACAAACUUUAUUCGGGUUCAAGUACAGUUUAUAAACACAAAAAGGACUUGUUGCCAGCACCACUGCUCUCGGUGACCACCAGUACAGGACCGGAUUCUCAGUGCUUCAUUGAGAAGGAAGAUCCAUGAUGCUUAGAAAGGAUGAACAAAAGGCCUUAAAAUGCAGUCUGGAGAACCGGACCCCCACACUGAAGGGAGAGCUGCCACAGCAGCAGAGGGUCUGCCCAUGGCAGGGCACAGAGUUGCACAGAAAGCAGCACACAGAGAGCGAGCUCCCAACUUACCUUUCCCCCUCCCAUGGUAGGUUCUCAGAAACAGAAGCUGGCCAGCACGUUUCAUGUAGUGACAUUAGCCUUGCUGCAGGAGGAGACCAGCCAGACAAAUGGCAUUUGUUGUAAAAUAUAGUAUGGUGCCGUCUCAAAGACAUUCAAAACUACAUCUUACUUUUAAAAAAUGCAGCUGGUGGCUGAGGUGGCUACAUGAAGGGGCAGGAGCAGCUGGUUAGUCCCAGAAGCUCUUCUGACCUGCACGUCAGGGCAUUCAGCACCACAUGGCAAGAGUUUAAAAAAAACAACAACAAAGAUCUACCCGUCUCCUUGAAGAGACGAAUGCAGCCUUGCAGAGGAAUCUCCAAGCCUCCGAGCAUGGCUGGGAUAGAAGGGGACACCUUUUUCCAGUGCUGUCUGGUCUUCCAUUUUCCUCUCAAUAAAGCAGCAGGCUACAUCUGUUAUUGCCAAAAGAGUGACCCCGUGAGAAGAAUGCCACGGUGAUAACCUGGACAUUCUCUUCUGGAUCGCCAAGUCUAAGAAGAGUUGCAUUCCUUCUCCCCUCUCCCACAUUUGUCUCAAAGGCACCCUUGUAAAGGAACAAAACAAAGGGACUAUCUAAAGCUAGGCUAAAGACACACAGAACCCUCUGAACAUUAGAGAGUCAGUAACAUGGGGAAAACGACGUGUAUGGAGACCAACAAAUUGGGACUGACUCAACUCUGGCAAGCGAAACGAAUACAGCCUAUACCUGGUGCUUAAUAGCAAGAGCUGGGAGGCUCCUGGCACCAAGCAGGAAACAUUCAGCAUUUCCUACAAACAGAUCCCUUUUUCCAGCUAGUUUCUGUCUAAGGGUGAUUCCAGGCUCUACUCCUCAAGUAAACAGGUGAAGUUCCUUACCAUAGUCAUGUAAACUCUUCUGCAUGUAACAUUCAUCGCGGCUUCAUUUGAGAGGGGUCAAUAAAUUACUAUGUCCAGAAAGCUCCUUCAAGGGCUUGGAACUGUAUUAUUUGCCACGUUGCUCUAGAAUUCCCAGUCAUCCACCUCUAGCUGUUCCAGACUGGA